CAUCAUGCCUCUUCAAGCGCUACGGACGGUAGCAAAAUCUCAGAAUGGCGUGGGCGCAUUUAUCCUCCAAUGCAAGCGUCUGGACUUUCACUACUGCGACUGGGCCGGCAGCAGUAGAGGCAUGAACGCCUUCAUCAAACACCGCCUUGCCCAAUUCGCCGCCGAAAACCCCUCGAUCGAAGUCACCGUUUCCCCUCGCCCCGGCAAACAUCCCGUCAUCAAAGGCCAAUACAUCAACGGUCGCGAGAAGGCGAUCUGCGUAAGGAAUCUGGAGCCAGGACAGAUCGUGGAGAAAGCGGUGUUGCUAAGAGACGCGAAUGGAGAGAAGUUGAAGAGGGUCACGAAGCCGGUGAAGAGUCUGAAUGAGAGUGUGAGAGGGAUCUGGAGUCCGUUCCAUGGAGCUGAGUACAAGAUUUGAGAGCUUGGAAAAGACAUCAUGGGGAUUGAGAGGGUGUACGAUCAGGACGAGAAGAUGUGGAUUGCAUUGGGAGGCGCAUGGGUAUGGGACAUCUUUCUGUGUAGAAGUGGAAGGCGGCGAUGGACUAUAUUCGCACAGACAGAGAUUUGUGGACAAACCGAGCCUUUCGAAGAUGCCACUUAUGGCGUGUGCAUACAACAGUCAUCUGGAACCAUAGCCAGUGCCACGAGGGCAACGAAACACUCCCACCAGCCGCCAGCGCUGUAACAGUCAUCCUUCAGCAACCUCUGCAACGCCCCAGCCCUCUAAAAAGCCCGCAGCAAUCCUCUCACGACCAAACUCCCCAAAACCACACCACUGAUCGCAAACACGCUGAACCUCUGCAUGAUAACGUUCGUCCUCGCCUGGAUCAAAGAAUGCAACACUCUCGCCGCAACAUACGCCCACGCCAACCCAACAGUCGUCUUGUCGUGCGCUCCCAACAGC